AUCGGUAACGUUAGUACUGCGUGAGAUUUAAAGCCAUACGGUUGUUCGGAAAUUUGAAACGAAACAAAACGGAACGAAAAGUGACUUACCAGUGACUGUUUGCUAGGACAUAACUACACCGCGUACACUAGAAUUUACCGGCUGAAAAGGAUUCGCGGUUUAUCGAGGAACGCUAGUUAAACGCUGCCAAAAUGGGACUCAACUGCGGCUUGUCAACGAUCAAAUACGUGCUAUUUGUGUUCAAUCUGUUGUGUUCGCUAUGCGGUAUUGCUCUGGUCGUGGUUGGAGGCGUCUCGCUGGCCAAAAUCUCAGAGCUUCAGGAUAUCACUGAUGAGCACAACAUUGUGGCCCCAUCGAUCAUCUUCAUUGUCCUCGGUUCAAUAGUUUUCAUCAUAUCAUUCUUCGGAUGCUGCGGUGCGAUUCGGGAAUCGUACUGUAUGACGACUACCUAUGGCUUCUUCCUCAUGGUCUUGAUCAUCGGACAAAUCGUGAUAGCUGCUCUGGUCUUCAUCUACGUUGGUGAUGUUAGGCAGGCAUUAUUGAAAGGAUUUAGUCGAGUGUUCCAACAAACAGAUAAUGCUGCUAACAAAGAACUGGUUGAUACUAUACAAACAAACCUGCAAUGUUGCGGAGAUAGCUCAUUUUUGGAUUGGGGCGUAAAUAUCCCGCAAUCAUGCUGCUCAAGUGGAACGGCUCCAUUUUGUAUCCCACAUCCUGUCGGCUGCCAGAAGCGCCUAGGCGAGUUUAUCGAUAGUGCGGGAAAUGUCCUCGGAUGGGUAUCGUUGGGUGUUGCUGCAAUUGAACUAAUUGGCCUCAUUGCUGCCUGCUGUCUGGCCAACGGAAUACGCAAUCGAGAAAGAAGAUACGCUUAAGCUUGAGUGUCGCUUGAUUCGGGGUAAAAUGCUUAAUGUUUUAUACUGAGUUUAAAUGCGUGGAACGAGCAGCUUUUUUUGUUAGUGUAGUCUAAACACAACGUGAGAAAGAGAAGAUUUAUUGCUUAGUGUAAGCCGGGAAUCGUGGGCUGACCACACCUAAAUAUCUAACGUGGAGUCUAAAAUUAACUUCGAUCAUACUACUUUGAAAUUGAAAACCAUUAUGCUCACUGAAUAUCACAGCACCAUUGGUUUUACCGUGUAUAUAAAAAAUCUAUACACUACACCAUCUAUACAAACAUGUGAAAGCUCCGUGUAUCAUCAGAAUCUAUUGAUAUCACAUUAACGCACAACGAUAAGAAUUUAAGUUUCGUUUUCUCUGUUUAGCCUGGAUGUUAGUAUUAAACAAGAGUACACGUUAUAAGAAAUGAUUAUAUGAUAAAAAUAAACAAAAAUGUUUCAUUAAAUACAAACAUGCUUACACAUA